CUUUAAGUGCCCUGAUUUGGAAAAAAAAUCAAGAAGUUUGGUUUUUAUUUUUAAAUAUAGGGUAGAAUUGAACAAAAAUGCCCUCCAUAUCGUUUUAUGACUUAUUUUCAACAAUGAUCAGACUUCCUGGUUGUGAGGAAAUGGUUUUAGUCAAAAAGUUCAGCGUGUAUUAUAUUGAAGAGUGGUUGCAGUGAGUUUCUUCUUUAUGUUUGAUGAUUUUUGUUUUUUAAAGUGUCCAGAAUCCUUAGGAUUUAUUUUAAUAACAAUAAAUCUGAAAUCCUUUCUGACGCACACAUCGCAACAUAAUUAACUCGCCAUUGCGUAGCCUGGAAAAGCAAAAGUAUCAAUUCUCACACCAGCUAAGUUUUGUUGGCAAAAAAGCAGAUGGUUGUAGAAUUCACUUAACCAGAUCCUUGGCAUGCAAAUUAACUGCUUCCUUCCACUGUGCGUUAAAACGCAGUAACCCUUAGUUUGCCAGGGUGAGAAGACUUGUGAAUGCAGGGAAAGAACGGGGGCAGCUCUUCCUUUAACAAAAAAGCUCCCGAGUCUUGAGAAAAAAUGAGGCUUCUGUCCGCGGCGAUGGGCAAAAGUCAGACGAUAGACCGCCGUGGUUCCGCACCGUGAGCACGCAUAUUUUCCUCCACUAAAAGUAGCGUGGCUUCUUUUUAAGCAACAGCGGGACGAAAUGGCUUCAAAAGAACAACAAAAUGACCUUGCUGGAGGCUGCCUCAUUCUUCCAUCUUUAAUGAUUUGUAGUACCAUUGGCAAGUCAGAACAUGCAUAACCCAUAGUGAUAUAAAACCAGAAGAUGGCAGGACUGCCAGAGCCUGGGUACCCUCCAGGGGAGGGCACUUUGGAGGCUGAGGCAUUUUCUAUUUCCUAUUUGGCUGGCAACCGAUUAAACCUGGAUGUCUAUCCUGAGAGCUGCCGCUUGUUCCUCAAGCUGCUGGAGAGCAGGAGAGAAGAAGUAGAACAGGUGGAGUUCUUGAGGCUGAACUGCAACGAGGACCUUAUCACUUCUACCCUGAGCAGCCUUCCUGCUUUAAGGGGCUUGAAAUCUCUUGUGCUCAAAGGUGGACACUCCAGAGAUGACAUUGGUGCAUAUCAGAAAGGAUUGCUAGCAUCUUUGCCACAAGAGUUUGGGCAGCUACAAUGCCUUGCUCAUCUAGAUCUCAGCUUCAACAGCUUCACCAUUUUACCUCCCUGCAUUACUAAGCUGGCCAGCCUCAGUUUUCUCUCCGUCAACUACAACAAUUUGCAGAGGCUGCCUGAGGACUUUGGCCAGCUUGCCAAGCUGACUUUUUUCUCUGCCAUGAAGAACCAGCUCAAAGGUUUGCCGCAGAGCAUCGGGGGGUUGGCAGCAUUGCAGACAUUGAACCUCUCCGAAAAUGCACUGGAAUCACUCCCCGAAGAGAUUGGGAACUUGCACAGCUGUACUGAACUUGAUCUCUCUGAAAAUGAAUUAACAGGAAUACCAAGUUCUCUUGCCAAUUUACAGUCUCUGCAGCAGCUGCAUCUUCACAGCAAUCUUUUGACAACUGUUCCUGCCUCCCUUGCCUGCCUACCUCACUUGUCGAGACUUGAUCUGCAGAAUAAUAGGCUUCGAAGCAUCCCUCCGGAGAUUGAGAGUUUUCCUUUUGUGCUUCUAAGGGGCAAUCCUCUAGGAGAAUUGGAGGUGCCUCUGCAGUCAGAUGACUCUAGUCAAGAAGAAUUGCAGAGUGUGUAUCUUAAAGCUGAUGAAAACAGCUUUACUGUGACUCCUGAAGGCUGCCGCGUCUUCUUGGCUUGCGGCAUUCAACUCUGUUUCCCACUGGGUGCUACAACUACUCGAGUAACUAUUCACUUCCGGAAAUGCUCCCCUGACCCUCAUUGGGUGAAGCUGAAGCACCAUGACAUCCUGCUAAGUGAAGUCCUGGAACUGCAGCCCCAUGGGAUUCAUUUCCAGCAGGAGGUGCGGAUCUGGAUGCCCUAUGCUUCUCCUCAGAGCCUGAAUGACCGUGAGCUCAUAAUUCGAAACUUUGAUGGGCAGAAGUGGAGUGAUUUGAAAACUAGAGUGAAAUCCAAAGGCAAGAAGCAUUCGGCUUGCUGCAGCGUCUCUCACUUCUCCUGGUUUUUGGUUGUCUCACGUCUUGUGGAGAAUGAAUGCAAAGUCUGCCAGGAAGGGGGCUUGCUGUUUUCAACUGUUGAUCCCAAUAUUAAAGUGACCUUUCCUCCUGGUGUGACCGAGGAGAUGAGGACAGUGAAGCUACAGGUGCUUCCUGUAUUAGCAAAGGACCUAAGAGAGAUCACCGGUGAUUCUGAAACAGUUGCCAGCCCUCUCCUCUGCCUCUCUCAAAGUUCCACUAUGGACUUUCUUCAGCCUGUUAAAAUUCAGCUUCCACUGCCUCCUGGUGUCACAGGUCUAACCUUGGAUCGUUCCAGAGUACAUUUGUUGCACAGUGACUGGGAUGCUCAGAACUGGAGUGACAUCACUGAUCAAGUGAUACUGGAGUUUACCCACCUCUAUGCCUUAUUUGAAGUAACACACUUCUCUUGGUAUUGGUUAUGGUGCACCACAAAGGCCUACAUUGGUGGCUUUGCUAAAGAAGUCUAUAAAAAAUUGCGCAUGUACCGGGUGAGCUUCAUAGCACUGCAGAGAAAGAAAGAUCCAGAGCAAGUCUUGCUCCAGUGCCUCCCAAAGCACAAGGUGGAUCCUGUUUUGAAAAAGCUCCAUGACCGAUAUCGAGGCCCUGAGCCAUCUGACAUUGUGGAGAUGUUUGAAGGGGAGCAGUUCUUUGCAGCUUUUGAACAGGGUAUCAGCAUUGAUGCAGACCGCCCAGACUGUAUUGAUGGAAGGAUUUCAUUCAGUUUUUUCUCUCAUUUGAAAAAUGUGAAGGAAGUCUAUAUUACCUCUGAAGUGGACAGAAACACCAAGGCUGUGAAAGGGCAGGUUUCCUUUUAUCGAGGAGAAGUUCCUGAGAGCAUUCCUGAAGAGAUUUCAAGGAGGAGGAAGGGGCCCGAUUCUCAUUGGCUAGCUACCUUGCCAAUCAAGCUACCUAAACUGAAAACUCAGGUAAACAAGCAGUCCACAACUCCAGAUAGCUUCUCUCUUCCUCCUUUGAAUUUGGGGAAUGCUGAAACUGGCUAUUUGACUCAGUCCAAUCUCCUUGGCAUUGCUGGACGCAUGGGAGCCGAAUGGAGAAUCAUUGGAUUAAACCUGGGAUUAUCCUAUCAGCAGUUGGAACGGAUACAGUAUAACAACAAGGAAGAUCUCCAUACUCAAAUUCUAGAUAUGCUCUUCUCCUGGGCUCAGCAAAAUGAAAAGAAGCCUGACUGCAUAGACAAGCUGAUUAAGGCCAUGCAGGAUAGUGGCCGCCAAGACAUAGCAGAUGAGAUCACCACCAUUAUUGGACUGGGAAGGCAAAAAUAUACAGAGUCUAUUCAGAGGGUAGGCCUGCACCGGGAAAGUAGUACAGAAGAUUCUGCUAUUGUUACAGGAUAAUUGCUAGACAAUUAUGGAUUAGUCAAUAAAAUAGGAUUAAUCAAAUCCAGGCUAUUUCUUCUUCAAGAUUACUGUUACUGUCCAAUUCUUCUCUUUAGUGUUUGCUGCCAACUAGCUAUGUUUCUGUGCCACAGUGGCUUUUACUGGAUACUGGUAAGCAGCCACUUGCAAAUUCACCUGGGAUAAGUUAGAUUUCCAAUUAAGUUUUACUAAAGUUUUACUUUUUUAAGGCAAAAAUUAUCUUAAAAUACAUAAGGCAGACCAGUGGACAAUAUGCUGCCUAUGGAACAAAAAGGAGUUUAUUUUUGGUUUGUUUGUUCCUUGUGGGUAGAACUUCUGAGUCUCCCAAGGUUUAAAGUGGCUCAAGUGGGCUGUCUUAAGGAGAUGGAAUCUCUGUCAUGUUUUGUUACCUUGCAGCAGAAUUUCUGAAACACAGUCAGGAACUAGGGCUCUGCUGGUGUGAUUUAACACAGUGGUUUCCCAUAAUUUGUUUCAUCCUUUUGGAUGUUAUUAUCUAUACUAAGAAAAGCUGGAUUUUGGAACCUGUAAAACGGAAUCAUUCUUUCACAUUUUAUUUUGCACCUAACCUAAAGUCAGGUAUUUACAGGAAAAAAGGAAGAGCACUGAAGAAUACUAAACCACAAGAUAUGCUUCUCAGCCCCACUUUGAUCCUUCUAAAAUGUUCCUUUAAAAUAAAUAAAUACAUAAAUAAAUAAAAACAAAAGCCUAGUAGACCAUAAACAGAUUGCACAAUAUCCUCUGACAAACAUGUUGUAAAUCACUGUAUCUCUGGAGAUACCUCUGUAUCUCCACUUAAUAUAUUAAUGUCAUGUUUUUGUUUGUGACUUAGCAUGAACACUUAACCAUUGUUACUUGUAAAUUGUAAUUUAUGGUUUGGUAUUAUAUAUGAUUCCACUAAUUUUGGUUUACUCAGUAGGCCGUGGUUAAGGCAAAUUAUGUCAACCAAGGUAAUGUGUCAGAUCCAGGGCAAAUUAUGUAAGGUAGAGCCACAACCAUUUAUCCUAAAUAGCUAAGAUAUAAUCAUGGCUGCAGUCAAAGUUAUCUGACUAUUAGGACAAUGUUGAUUUCGGGUUAUGUUAAAAAAAAAGUUUCUGACUGCUUUGAGUCACUUUAUCUGCUUUUAACUAGGUUUACUAAAGUUAUUGCUAGAGUUUAUUGCUUAUAAAAUGUAAGGAUAAAUUUAGUAUUGUUCAAUUUUGAAAAAAAAAAUUACAACAGACUAACAGGGAAAAUAUAUGUUGACACUACUGCUGAAAGUUGACCAUGAUGUUGAAAACAGCUUUCUAAUCCUUUUGUGUUACCACUCUCAGAAAUGAGAAGGCAGCUGUCAUAUUUCUGUCCUUUUCCUUCUUACCCUUCAGCAUUUGCUUUUCGGUUCUUGCCAUCCUCUUUUCAUCCCUCAUUCUCUCAGGUUCAGCUGCCCUUUUAGCAUCUGUUCUCAUAUAAAGUGAACAUUUUUUAUUGUUCUUUAAAAAAAAAAUGGACAGUUUUAAACUAUUCUAGAAAUUGGAAAUAAUUUGAUCAUUGUUUCUGUAAGCCAUCAAGCCAGUUCUGAUCAAACUGACAAGGUGCUCCUUUUUACAGAAAGGUUGUCUUUGGUAAAUGUAUUUUUACUUUUUAAUCAUCAUGUCCUGUCAGGAGGUUCAGGCUGCUACACUGUUUGACUGUGCUAUUUUUUUUAAAUUGUGCUUUUUAAAAAAAUGUAAAGCUGUUUGAUAUUUUCUGCAGAUGCUGAUAAAAGUAAGUUUUUCCCCAUUUGGAAAGCUGUAGUAUUUUAUUUGAUGUUCGAGAUGUCCAUCUUUACAGUGGAUUUAUAAAAAUUAAAUAAGCUCUAACCAGGUGGAUUUUUCUUGGUCCUGCUAGCCCUUCAUCUCAGUUCUAACAAGACCUUAAGUCCCGUUACCCCUCCCCAGUAGGAAUUGCCAGGGUGCUAUUAUUCCUGUAUUCUUCAGGUAGUUGGCAGAUAGGGGAUUACAUUUAAGAAUGAAAUGUUUCUAUUUUAAUCUGUCUUAUUAUUUAUUCCUUCUCUGGCCCUGCCAAGAAUAAUUUCUUUAGAGAUUAAAAUUGUCUAACAUCUCCCCGCCCCCACUUGUUUUGGUGUAUGAUUUUUACACUUGCCUGCAUUAGGAAAAUCUUCAUUUGGUACUCCAAUUUUGGAGAGGUUAAACGGGGCAUAUUGCCUUUAUUUGUAAUAUGUAACAUUUUGUUUAUUCUUAUGUAACCUAAUAAUGUAGUUGGCAUAAUGAAAUCGGUCAAAGCUGUGUGUAUUGUUGUUAACCUGUGACAAAUGAAGAUGGUGGCAGCCAGUACCAGCUGGCAUGGCGAAGGUUGUAAAGUGAUUUGCAAACUGCUUUCAAAUUAAAAUGUCUACAUUUUGUACCACAAUCAUUCUGUGCAAAGAAAUAAAUUCUUCAGCCUUUCUAAAUAAUGCAAA